CAUCAAUCGCCUGUUGCGGUGCAGUUUUCUCUGCCCUCCCUCAACCCUAAAAAAUCGAAAAAUUUUCUCUUCAUUUUUCUCUCUGAUUUCUAUCUCCAUUUUACCCUUCCCUCUCCUCUAUUUUUACAUCUCAAAAACAAAAAAAUCCCUACAUUUUCGCUUACUUUUUCCUCUCUAGUUUUUCUCCUUAAUAACAAGAGGAGAGGGAACUUAAAAAAAAAAAAAGGAAGGGAGCUUUUUGGUUCUGGAAGCUUCGAAAAAGUUCUAAUUUUGUUGUUGUUCUAGAAGGUUCUGAAGUUAGUUAUGGCGCAGAUUCAGGUUCAGCACCAGAGUCCAGUGGCAGGAGGAAAUGGUGUGGCGGCUACUGCUGCUGUUGGUGGCGCCGCCGCCGUAGCUGCCCCAGGUGGUUUAACGUCGACGUCACUGUACGUAGGGGACUUGGACUUUAACGUGACUGAUUCGCAGCUGUACGAUCUGUUCAACCAAGUCGGUCAGGUUGUUUCAGUUAGGGUUUGUAGGGACCUGAGUACUAGGAGAUCCCUUGGUUAUGGUUACGUUAACUACAGCAACCCUAAUGAUGCUUCAAGGGCAAUGGACAUGUUGAACUUCACUCCUGUUAACGGAAAGUCCAUCAGGGUGAUGUACUCUCAUAGGGAUCCCACUCUUCGCAAGAGUGGAUCAGCAAAUAUAUUUAUCAAGAACUUGGACAAGUCAAUUGAUAACAAAGCUUUACAUGACACAUUUUCAAGCUUUGGCAACAUUCUUUCUUGCAAGAUAGCUACUGAUUCUAAUGGCCAGUCAAAGGGUUAUGGUUUUGUACAAUAUGACAAUGAAGAAUCUGCUCAAGGUGCCAUAGAUAAGUUAAAUGGUAUGCUCAUGAAUGAUAAGCAAGUAUAUGUUGGGCAUUUUCUCCGCAAACAGGAAAGAGAAUCUGGAACUGGCAUGACCAAAUUCCAAAAUGUCUAUGUCAAAAAUUUGUCAGACUCUACGACUGAUGAUGAGCUGAAGAAAGUUUUUGGUGAGUUCGGGAACAUUACUAGUGCAGUAGUGAUGAGAGAUGCAGAUGGGAAAUCCAAGUGUUUUGGGUUCGUCAAUUUUGAAACUGCAGAGGAUGCUGCUAAGGCUGUUGAAUCCUUAAAUGGAAAGAAAUUUGAUGAUAAAGAGUGGUAUGUUGGGAAAGCACAGAAGAAAUCUGAAAGAGAGCAAGAAUUGAAAAGCAAGUUUGAGCAGACUGCCAAGGAGGCGGUUGAUAAAUACCAAGGUCUUAACUUGUAUGUAAAAAAUUUGGAUGACACCAUUGAUGAUGAGAAGCUCAAGGAACUUUUUUCAGAGUUCGGUACAAUAACUUCAUGCAAGGUUAUGCGGGAUCCAAGUGGAAUCAGCAGGGGGUCUGGAUUUGUUGCCUUCUCCACUUCCGAAGAAGCUUCCAGAGCUCUUUCUGAGAUGAAUGGAAAAAUGAUAGUUAGCAAGCCACUCUAUGUUGCACUAGCACAGCGGAAAGAGGAGAGAAGAGCAAAGUUGCAGUUGGUACAGGCACAAUUUUCACAACUGCGGCCAGUGGCAAUGCCCCCAUCACUUGCUCCUCGCAUGCCAAUCUACCCUCCUGGUGCUCCUGGGAUUGGACAGCAACUAUUCUAUGGGCAAGGUCCCCCUGCUAUGAUUCCGCCCCAGGCUGGGUUUGGCUAUCAACAACAGCUUGUUCCUGGAAUGCGUCCUGGAGGAGCUCCUAUGCCGAACUUCUUCAUGCCCUUAGUCCAACAAGGACAACAGGGCCAGCGUCCAGGUGGUCGACGAGGUGCAGGGCCUGUGCAACAAACUCAACAGCCUAUGCCCUUGAUGCAGCAGCAGAUGCUCCCAAGGGGAAGAAUGUACCGCUAUCCACCAGGACGUAAUGGACCGGAGGGGCCAAUGCCAGGCGUUCCUGGGAGUAUGCUUUCUGUUCCAUAUGACAUGGGUGGCAUGCUUCCUCGUGAUUCUGCAAUGGGACAGCCCAUGCCAAUUUCAACAUUGGCUUCUGCCCUUGCAAAUGCACCACCUGAACAGCAGAGGACGAUGUUGGGUGAAAGUUUGUACCCACUUGUUGAUCAGCUGGAGCACGAGCAUGCAGCAAAGGUUACAGGCAUGCUUCUUGAAAUGGAUCAGACUGAGGUUCUGCAUCUGCUUGAGUCGCCAGAGGCGUUGAAGGCUAAAGUUGCUGAGGCUAUGGAAGUUCUGAGGAAUGUUCAGCAGACCGCCAGCCCGGCUGACCAACUUGCCUCACUUUCCCUCAAUGACAACCUUGUUUCUUGAGCGAGUCAAGGUGGUCCAGUGACUGCUGAAUGCAGGUUUUUUUUGAUGAAUCAUCUCCUCUGUUGUGAGAGGAGGAUAUAAACAGAUUUUGCAGGGAUGAGUUUUGGGAAUACUGCUAGGGUUUUCUCGGGAUGUUUUAUCUAGAGUAUGAGAUUAUUUUUGGAUUCUUAAGAUUAUGCUUUUAUGUUAUGUGGUCCAGGGAUUUUAAUUCG